AAAAAGAAAUUGAAGGAACAGAGUCUAUCGAGGAAUAUAUAGUGCAGUGUCUAAAUCAAUGAAUCAUCUCCCGUCGACGGAUCUCGGAGCUUGAAAGUGUCGAUAUGAAGGCAGAUCUGUGACGGAUGAAUGAGCGCGCGCGCGUGUAUAUGAGUGUGUAAUCGAGACGAGAGCAUAUCCAAGCAUCAUGCGAAGUGCCGCGAGAUACCGAGAUGCGCGUUCUACCCUUUCCGCGUCGCUUCUUUACGUUCUUCUUGUCGCCGUCACCGGCGUUCAUGGAUUACGCAAUAUAUCGAUCGACAUACCAUUGGCAGUGGCAGCUGGUACAACAGUCAACAUGUCCUGCAGAUACGAUCUACAAUCGGACACCCUCUACACUGUCAAAUGGUACAAGGGUUCAGAAUUUUUUCGAUAUGUCCCCAAGGAGAUGCCACCGAUCGCAGUAUUUGGAGAACUUGGAGCAAAAGUCAUAAUAAAUCAAAGUGAUGCGCAUCAAGUGGUCCUGAAAGAUGUUCAACCCAAUCAUACUGGCAAAUAUCGUUGCGAAGUCUCCGGAGAUUCCCCUUCGUUUACUACCCUAAUGGUUUAUAGUUACAUGCACGUAGCAAGUUUGCCAGACGGCGAACCUCAGUUGCUGGUCGAGAAGAAGCGAUAUGCAGUCGGUGACAUUGUACGUGGAAACUGCACGGUACCAUCGGGAAAUCCUCCGGCUAACGUGACGUGGACUGUCAAUGAGAUACCGGUAAAUUCGAGUUUUAUCAUGAACAUCACAAACAAAGUUGGCGACAAUCAACAACAAAUGACGAUUGCUGGAUUGGAUUUCGAAACAAUGCAAGAGAAUUUCAGCAACAGCAAAUUACACAUCAUUUGUCACGCUAAUGUCUUUCAUCUGUAUCAAAAAAUGGCUGAUAUAUUUCUGAAAGAAGAACGUCCGAGAUUGGCUUCUGUACUAGGAACACGAGAAUCUUCCUACACUGGUAAAGCAGCCAAGAGACCUGUAGAAUACUUUUACAUCACUGCCAUAACUACACUAUUGCUAUGCUGCCUAAGAUAACAUCAAUAAUUCUGCAAUACGUUUUACGUGCAUGAUUGUAUUGAGAUGGAGGGAGUAAAAAAAUCGUUUGUAAAAUUUUGAAAUUAUUAACUGGAAUAAAAUCUGAGAAGAGAAAUCUUUUGUUGAAAUAAAUACUGAGAGCGUAUGUUAUUCGUGUAAAUAGGAUAUAAAAAUUUAGUGAAUUAUCUAUGUGUAUGCGAUCUGCAUCUGCCCUUCGAGCGAAUUUGUAAUCCAAUAAAUAACGUCAUGUUAUUAUGUAAUAGACCGACGAAGUGUUGCGCCAAACUAUCAACGAUUAUUCGAAAAGACAUUGUACUGCCUCUUUUCUAUUGUCUGAUGAUGAUUUUGAUACCUUCUCUAACAUUGUAGCCAACACAAUGUGUCCUGUCAUGUUUAUAGGUAAACACUGUUAUUGUUUAUAAAUGACAUUUUAUUUCAAUGAAAUAUGAAUAAAUAAUUCAUCUUCGUU